AUGUCGUGGCAAGCAUACGUUGAUCAGAGCCUCGUCGGCACCGGCAACAUCGACAAAGCCCUCAUCUGCGAUGUCAAUGGUCAGACCACUUGGGCCUCGUCCUCAGACUUCUCCCUGACUGCUGCUGAAAUGAGCGCCAUCGCUGCUUCCUUCAACGACAAGAGCGAGACCAAGGCUAUUAUCGCAAAUGGCGUCAAGGUGAACGGCCAAAAGUACAUGACCAUCGAGUCGACCGACGACUCGCUGAAGGCCAAGAAGGGCAAAGAGGGUAUCGUCGCCUACAAGACCACGCAAGCCCUUCUUAUCGCCCACCACCCCGACACCAUCCAGACACCCAAUGCCUUCAACUCGGUCGUCGAGUUGGGAGAGUACCUCAAGAAGGUCGGAUAUUAA